UUUUGGAAGCAUUACGGCCCCAUCCCGCUAUGUUGCUGCAGCUCGGCCUCGCGUCCCUCUCCAGACACGCUUUGGCAAGGAAAAGAGCCGCCUUUCUCCUCCGCCGCCGCACGCCUGCCUGCUGCAGACCAGCCGCCUUCAUGUCGACCUUGCUGAUCAACCAAACCCCGUACGCGUGGCUGAAAGAAUUGGGCCUUCAAGAAGAAAACGAGGGCGUUUAUAAUGGCUCCUGGGGAGGAAGAGGAGAGGUUGUGACAACAUACUGCCCUGCAAAUCAUCAGCCAAUAGCCAGAGUUCGUCAGGCCAGCUUGGAAGACUAUGAAGAAACAGUAAAGAAAGCUAAAGAGGCAUGGAAAGUAUGGGUGGAGGUUCCUGCACCUAAACGAGGAGAAAUAGUGAGACAAAUCGGUGAUGCCUUAAGACAGAAAAUCAAAGUUCUGGGAAACCUGGUUUCUUUAGAGAUGGGGAAAAUCUUUGUUGAGGGUGUUGGUGAAGUGCAAGAAUACGUGGAUGUCUGCGACUAUGCUGUUGGCUUGUCCCGAAUGAUUGGUGGACCUGUCUUGCCUUCAGAAAGACCAGGGCAUGCCUUAAUAGAGCAAUGGAAUCCUGUGGGAUUAGUAGGAAUCAUCACGGCAUUUAAUUUUCCUGUAGCAGUUUAUGGCUGGAACAAUGCAAUUGCAAUGGUCUGCGGCAAUGUGUGUCUCUGGAAAGGUGCACCCACAACAUCCCUCACUAGUGUUGCUGUUACAAAAAUAGUUGCACGGGUUCUGGAGGAUAACAAACUCCCCGGUGCUAUCUGCUCUCUGAUUUGUGGUGGUGCAGAUAUUGGCACAGCAAUGGCGAGGGAUGAAAGAAUUGAUCUGCUGUCCUUCACUGGCAGCACACAUGUGGGAAAGCAGGUAGCACUAAUGGUUCAGGAGAGAAUUGGACGGUUUCUGUUGGAGCUUGGUGGAAACAAUGCUAUUAUUGCGUUUGAAGAUGCAGACCUUAACCUGGUCAUCCCAUCUGCCCUUUUUGCAGCCGUGGGGACAGCAGGCCAGAGGUGCACAACUGCCAGGCGGCUGUUUUUGCAUGAAAGCAUCCAUGAUGAAGUAGUGGAAAAACUCGUUAAGGCAUAUGCACAAGUCCGCAUUGGAGAUCCAUGGGAUGCAAACACUCUGUAUGGUCCUCUCCACACAAAGCAAGCAGUAAAGAUGUUUCUUGAUGCAGUGGGCCUGGCCAAACAGCAAGGUGGCUCUGUGGUCUAUGGUGGGAAGGUUAUAGAUCGUCCUGGAAACUACGUUGAACCAACCAUUGUGACUGGCCUUCCACAUAAUGCACCCAUUGUACACACAGAGACGUUUGCCCCUAUUCUGUAUGUGCUAAAAUUUAAGUCAGAAGAAGAAGCCUUUGCCUGGAACAACGAAGUGAAACAAGGCCUGUCCAGCAGCAUCUUUACCAAGGAUUUGGGCAGGAUAUUCCGGUGGCUUGGGCCCAAAGGGUCGGACUGUGGUAUUGUGAACGUCAAUAUUCCAACUAGUGGAGCUGAAAUUGGGGGUGCUUUCGGUGGCAAUAAGCACACUGGUGGUGGAAGGGAAUCUGGCAGUGAUUCAUGGAAGCAAUAUAUGAGACGAUCCACUUGCACAAUCAAUUACAGCAAAGAUUUGCCUCUGGCUCAAGGAAUCAAGUUUCAAUAACAACCCUGUGAAUGCAGUGCCUGGGCUGAACUUGGCAUUUAGGAGUCAAGCACCUGUUGAUUUGAACCUGCAGACGUGGCUACAUGAAAUGAUCUAGCAUUGAGGAGAUUUUUAACUUCUGCAAGGCUCCCCUCCAGAAAACCCCAUUAUUGUGAAUGGCUACAAUCAUUUUGAUAAUGUAUCCAGACUCUGAUGGUGUGCUCAAAAGUUCAUGUCAAAUGUGAGGAAGAGAAUUCCCCUCCUUCUGAAACUUGGAUUUUGACCUGCAAAAUCCUAAAAUGCCUUUUGUACUUCUGCCAAAAUCAUUUAGAAAGAAUGUGUGAUUAGUACGCUUCAAUGCAGAAAUAAAAGUUUUCAACCUCUUGCUA